AAGGCAUCGAGACAAUUCACUGGCACAAGCCAAAAACACUGUCUUUAGGUAACGCAGCAAUAAGGUAACUAUAAUUCAAAUUUUCAGCUUCACAACGAGUGUAUUUAGUUUCUUUGCAUAUAUAGUCAGUGUAUAGUUAAGUUACUGCACCAUUUCCACUGAAUUCAAACCGAUAUUAACUCCACCACUCACACCUGAGCAAUGAUUCUGAUAUAAGAUUUCGUUUUUUAGCUUUAACUGUUUGUUUGAUGCGUGGAUGGCCUACUGACUACUAAUUUGGUUGUCUCUAGAAUUUGGACUGAAUAUCAUCGCCAGGGAAUGCUAUCCACUAUAUGAUACAGAUAAAAGAAUGAAAUCGGCGAUAUUCGGUUGCAGUAUUUUGGUUCUCACUAUUCUUGAGUGGCAAGGAAAUGCAGGUAAGCUUUAAGCAUAUUACAAGACAUAAGGCCACUAGAUUAGCACUUGAUUAGUUACUUCGUUCAUUUUCUUUUUAUUGUCAGUUGGCUUGCGUUUAACCUCGUAACUUUAAGGACAGAAUUUCGUUAUGGUACACCGACUUCCGACCAAAUGGACCAAAUGGUUAAUCCAUCCGUAAUAAUCCUCGGCUCAACUUUGUUCUUUCUGCUAAUUGAUUUAACUUAAGUUAUGUAAUAUAACAUCCAGAGUAACAAGUAAGAUCUAUAAUUUUGAUAUUUUCGGUUACAAGUGCUCAGUUCCGUAAACUGAAUCCAGCCUCAACCGUCUAACCCCUUUUCGCAGUCUAUCUGAAUUCACAUUUAGCUAUCCGUGAAAUUAGUCACUACGCAAAAGAAGGAAUAUAUGCUUCCAAACGGCUUGAUCGAUAUUUAUCAUUUCGUUCAGGAUUAACAUGUGUGGAAACAAACAUAACAGUUAUAUGAACGAUCUCGACAGCUUAUGCUUGGAAUGUUCCUGUUAAUUGUAAACGAUUUCGCAUGUUGUAACUUCAGGGGACUGCAGACAGCAUCAAAAUAUUUCAGAAGUCUUCAACGGAACUUAUUUAGCGUUUCCAGCGUUUUAAUCUCGCGUUUUCAACACUGAGAAUGUGAAAACGUCAUUAAACUACCUUUCAAUCGAUAUUUUAGAAGCUCUGGAUCUUUAAGUUUCAUUUUGGGAUCAUUUCUGUCGUCAUUUAUUCAUUUAUUUAUAAGCAGAUGUCAACGGAGGCAUUUAUCGCGUCUGGCUUUAUGCCACAGCCCUUAGUAUCUGGCUACUGGUCUUGCAUUGUAACUGGGAAAUCGCGAAGUGUCAGAGCUCCGGUGUUUUGUGUUGAAUCAUAGAAUCAUGUUUUGUUUUUUUUUUUCAGUAUGAAAUACUAUUGAAAAACGAAUACUCUAACAAUUUUACAACGACAAUAUGUUUCGAAAAAAAGGAUCUAAUAUAAACUUGUGUUGCUGUGAAAAAUUAAGCCCCUAAAAAGACAAGUGAAAGAGGGUGUAUAUUAAAUGAAUAAAUAUUUUUUUCCUCUGAUUAUUUACCUCCACCACCCCACCCGCUGCAGUAAUCAUUCUGUCGUUACAUGAACAACUCCUCUUUGUAUGCUUCGAUGUAGAUGAAAAUAUAAUGGAAAAUCUUUCCAUGCCUUUACUUUGAACGUACACACACUAAUCGCAGAACACCAAGCUUUGAAACUGAUAGACAUGAUUAACUUUUACUCUAAAUUUUUAGAAAAAAAACCACAAGCACACGCUCGAUCUCUCUCUUUCUUUACUCGCAACACAAACAGAUGAACAGAUGUACAAGACAACAAAGCUAUGUCUUCGCCAGAAUGCAUCAAUUGUUGUGAGAGGCUAAGACUGGUGAAAAGUGAGUUGGCCUUUCAGUUUGCUAGACUAAUAUGCGUGCACAGCUUUCGCCAAUUUCACAAAUAACUCGUAAAUCAGAUGAAACUGACGUGUGUAGGACGUAAUUGGUAAGCGAAUCAAAUUUUUAUCACGUUUCUUGAUACAUGUAGAAAAGAAACUAGGUGAGUUACGUAUCUAGAGAUAGGUGAAUCAUCUCUUUGUGCUUUUCUUUUUCUCAGUACAUUCUCAGGUUUUAUUUAAUUCUGCUGCCCACUACUGGCCUUUUAAUCGAGAGACAGGCAUUGUCGAUAGCAAAACCAAUGUUACUGGAGUCAAAUACGGUCAAACGAAAAACAUUUACUACAAGGGGCCUGGAUAUGGCUUUCUUCAUACAGACGGUAAGGCCUGGAUAGAUCUGGGAAACUUCACUGAUUCAUGUUUAGUGGAGCCGGCGCGAUGUCAACCAGCUCUGACUGUUUUCCUUUGGCUGAAAUAUGCCCAGAAUAAAAACUGGACAUACUUCGUGGGUACAUCGAGCCAUCUUACCUAUUCAAAGGGCUUCACAAUAUACAAAGAAUCUGAUAAAAGAGCCAAGGACUCUAUUGUUUUGAGAGUGAAUGAUGGUCAACGAGAAUGGUCAGGAAACCUUACGUUAAAACCGAAAACUUGGUCCCACGUGGCUUUCACUUGGGAUGCCAGUUCAGGUUUGGCGCUGUUUCAAAACUGUCGUCAAAUGGCGUUAAUUUGGGAGAGUAAACUUCAAACACCAAUAAGAGGCAACCGAUCAAAUAUUCUGGAACACCAUCUGACUCUGUCUGGCGCACAAAACAAUGACCCUAAUUUAGGCUCCAAGGCAUCUUAUGAAGAUCUGGCCGUGCUGUACAGGAAGAUAAAACCAGCCGAAUGGGACCUGAUUUGUCACCAUAAAUUAGGUCAGUUUGCUACUGAUAAAUGAGGUGUCUUAACUUAAAAUUACCCUCAGAAUGAACUCUCUACAUGGACUCGAGUAUGGUCUAUUUAUUACUUUGCAAAAAGUCAAGGCAUUUAGUAAAAGUUUGCAUCAGCAGUGUUCCCAAAAGCACCUCCCAUGCACUUUAUUGUUGGCUUAAAGUAGACCUGUCAAAAUUCAAGAAAAAAAGAGGUAAUGAUAAGCAAGGUGGGGUGUUUUACACAAAAAGAACAGGUAAUUGGCCUCCCAACUUAGAAAAUAUUCCAAAAGGUUGAGUUUGAUCGUCCGGGUCAACGUAGUCCUGAAUAGGGGCUGUUUUUGUUGACAGUGACUGACGUUUCGACAACCUGUGCGGUAGUCAUCUUCAGAGUCAAAGUGAAGUCUUUGACUCUCAAGAUGACUACCGCACAGGUUGUCGAAACGUCAGUCACUGUCAGCAACAACAGUCCUAUUCAGGACUACUUUCACUCGGACGAUCAAACUCAACCUUUUGAAAUGACUCCUGGGUUCAAACCGUUCACAGUUUUAGAAAAUAUUGCUUCUCUUUCUGCCCCAGCUAAAACAUGACAGACCAAGGGCAAGUUACCCCUAGCACAUACCCAUACCCACUUUCGUAGAGAGAGAUAAUGUGAAAAUGAAAUCAAAUAACAAGGGAUAAUUCUUGCUUUCGUUAAACAGAAGCACCUCAGAUCAACAUCACUUGUCAAAGUUCUAAGAGAUGGCUUACAGUCAGUUGGAGGCCACCACCGAUGACUUAUGAUAUAUUAACAGGGUACAAUGUGUGGCACUGGAGCGAGAUUUUCAAUUGGUCGAAAAUAUCGGUGGAAAGCGGAGUUACGUUUUAUAAUCUUAGUAACCUGAGUAAGUACAUUGGAGUAUCUUUAAAUUGCAGGAUAACUUCAAGAGAGGAUAAAGGGGACAGAGAAGGCAUCCCCCGUACACACCCUAUUCCAUAGGUAAUUCGUCUCGAGUUAUUUUUAAGACCACAGAUCCCAAGGGGGAUAAGACAACAGCCAAUCGCAUAGCGCGAAUGUGUUCCGCGUGGAUGACCCACGCUCAGAGCCACGCGUCCUUCACGAAUUGACGCUGAAAAAUAUGGCGCAAGACGCGGAGAGCGAUAUUGCUAUUCGUUUGGUCGACGAAAACGACUAAAGAGAGAUUUCUGCUAAAGCUGUGUCAGCGAAACGGAAAUUAAAAAAGAAUCGCCCUUCCUCUCUAGUAUAGAGCUAACAGUACAGCAGGGAAAUCCUUAACAGACUGAAUAUUCUGUCAGGAUCAUUUAUAAUUUACAGUUUGAAGAGAGCAAUUUCUGGUUUCAUAUUUAUUCUUUUAUUAGUCUUUUACUAUUCAACAAAAAUAACACUUGGCGUCCUACUUGCUUUAUUAUACAAACGACCGGUUUCAAUAGACCGGCGAAAUUUCUCAUUUUAUUAAAGCACUGAGGUUACGACAACUUCGAGUUAAACUGAUUUCACGGGUUUUCCUGGGUGAGCGCCGACUCAUUUCGCUUCAAUAUUCAGGAAUGCUCUCGAUCUCGUUACGCUUUCAUUGCCUUUCGCCCGACAUGUUUUGGACGGCGUUUAGUCAUGCGAAACCUCCACGAAACAUCCACACAGCACGCGAGGUAACUUUACCCCAAUUCUAAAAAUAACUCGAGACGAAUUACCUAUGGAAUAGGGUGUGUAUGGGGGAUGCCUUCUCUGUCCCCUUUAUCCUCUCUUGAUAAGUUACAUAACUACACGAGCAGCAGCUUGUAAGUUUAUUGAAUAUUUACUGUUAGGCUAGGGAAAAAGUCAGAUCAAUAAGGUGAAAAAAAAUUAUUAAAUAAGUAUGCAUUUGCUCUUCUUCUUCUUCUUCUUCUUCUUCUUCUUCUUCUUCUUCUUCUUCUUCUUCUUCUUCUUCUUCUUCUUCUUCUUCUUAAGGCGCCGCGACUAAUCGCGUGGUUUGUUGAGCUUGGGUCAUCUGUGUGGUAUUAAUUAACAGAACUAAACUUUAUCUUGCAGAUCCAGGAUCUUCGUAUAAACUGUAUGUCCAAAAUAUGUUCCGGUUCGGCUCUGGAAAAACUAGCAGCGUGAUUGACUGCAGGACGGAAACUGAAGGUACUUUGAUAUGUUUAUAUACAGCUGUAUACAGCUGUUUCAAAAAACGUUGUCGGAAGAAAAGCAAAAAGUUUAAGCCAAGGCUGAAAGGUAAUAUGGGAUUUUUAUAAUGACCAGCUAGAGGUCCUAUAGGAGUUUUGCGGCCACUCAAUGGCCCUGAGAACAGUAUGGAACGCCUUUCUGUAAGCCGUGAGAGGAGUUCCGUUGGACAGCUCUUAAAACAGAGGUGGUUGGAGGGCCUUCAAACAGUAGGGAGCUUCAGCAAAUACAAUGCGACAAAAGAGACUGUAAGCAACAAUAGGUUUAAAUGAGCAAAACAACAACUUAAUUUGUACCUGCAUCACGCUUUUUGUCCGUGGCCGUUGUUGCACGGCUACUGCUUGAAAUGUCUCAUCUUUUAGAGGGGAAGUAAACAGCAGACCCCAAUUUUCUUUUCUCUUCUUUUUUUUUUUAACUUAAAACUAGUCCUGUGGAAUUCAUUUCCAUAGGAAUCGCCAUCAUUUAAAAAUUGAACGAGGUGGAAGGCGAUGUGGUUGUCCAUACAUUUUCACAUGCUGGUGUAGUGCAGAAUAUUACCUGCAGUAGACUUCGGCGAGUUUUAAUUAAUUCUUGAGUGGGAACCAUUAUUAGGUUAUAAUAUUUGUUUUCGCCCACUUCGUUAAUACGUUAUGCAAAUUGAUAAAAUGAAAAAUUUAAAGUCAUUUUUCCUUGCUAAUUAGCCGAACAAAAUUGCUUUCAAAGAUGGGAAUAAGCAACAGUGCACUUCGACUGAAACGUAAUUUUACCUUGUGCUUUUUAAAAAGUAAAAUGAUAAGUAUGGUUUAGUGUAAAUGACGAAUACAAAUCAGCGACCACUUUAGUGGAGCGAUCGGUUUGCCAGCAAAAGACGGAUUUGAAACAACCCACAUUACCUUGCGGUCUUGGCUUGAAGACUUUUUGCUUUUCUUCCGACAACGUUUUUUGAAAUAGCCGUUAAAGUGAUUGGCACUUUUUUUCUGGAUUAGUUUUGAACCCGCCCUUGAACAUUAGUGUGGAAAAGACGUCAUCUAGUGCAAUCAUGAUCAAGUGGCUUCCUCCUCCAGGUAGUUUAAAAGAUGUAAUAGGAUACAAGGUGAGCAGGAUUUAUCGAUGUUCUUAUUUAUUUAAUUAUUUAUUUAUUUAUUUUAAAAUUUAUCUUUCUAGGAUAUUCUUAAGACAGCCCUCUUUCAUUGGUUAAACAAUUUCAUUUUUUAUAAACAAUCUAAACGAUUAGGAAACCUAAUUAAAUUCAGCAACAGUGCUCUUAUUGGUUUUUGGCGUAUGUCAUUAAACGCGUGCUUAGCUUAUCCAGAGUUUGAUACGAUUGCUUCUUUCUCUGUGUACGCAUUUGCCCGUGCUUGGGUUGCUAAAUUGUGUUCUGCGAAACUCAUGCCAGUUAAUGUAAGAAAAGAUAUGAGCUUUUUGUCAGGGAAGAAAGCUAUUUACUAAAAAAGGUGUCCCUUUUAAGCCAAGCAAGUAUUCACCUUCGAUCUAAAUAUUUACAGACUUGUUGAUUCUUAUUUUCUGUAGCUCAGUUAAACUAAAUAGUGAGCUGUAUAUUAUUUUAAACAUUUCAGAUAACGUACAGUGUUGUAAGCUCUCUUGAAAAUCUCUACAUUGCCAAAGUGGGUGCUGUAACAUCGUUUCUCCUCACAGAACUACAAAUGAAUACAAGUUACAUAGUACGAGUUUCAAGUUACGGUGAUAAGCGAUUUAAUGACAGCAACCCCGCCUCAGUAACAGUAAAAACAGAUUAUGAUGGUAAGGAAAUUGUUGCAUGCUAAUUUCUUGUUUAAAUUAAUUAAUUGGAUGUAAUUUAUUUUUGAGUUUUAAAUAAAUUGAAUUGAAUAGAAUUACCAUCAAGUUCUGUUUGACCCUUUUAAAGACAUUUCUUCCUAUUAUUUAUAUCAUGUGAUCAAUUAUAGUAAUCUCUCUUUUUCCUUAAUACGUUUGUUGGGCAAUAAACGGAAUGUCGACAUUUGGUUUUUUUAAGCAAUUAACACAACUCAAUAUUUCACGUUGCAGAUAGAGCAUCAGUUACCGAAACCUUUCUAGAAUUAAAAAGCUCUACAUUCUUGACCAUAACAUGGAAAAAGCCUAGAAAUAAAUACAAGAAGUUUUCUUACCGAACGUUUGCAAAGUGGAAAAGUCAUGAAGGAGUGGAACAUAUUAAAGAAGUGUAUACGGGCAAUGCAACCACGUGUGAUUACUUUCCUAAAGGAGGCCUUCCUAGCGGCAACCUUAAUUUUGAAGUGUUCGCGUACGUGGUAGAAGAAAUACCUCUCGUUAAUAUUGUGGGUAUGUAAAUGAAAGAAAAUGUUAUGUCUUACUUUUAAGUGAAAUACGUGAUAAUGAUUAUAUUCUAAGCUUGGGUUACCUAUGACACUGAGUGUGUGUCGUCCAAUAAUCAAUUAAAAGUUCUCUCAAAUAAACUCUUUUUAAGCCUGUAAGCAUAAAUUGCUAAUGCAAAUCCCGUUCUUGUAGAUCUAUUGAUAAGUAAGUAAGUAAGUAAGUAAGUAAGUAAGUAAGUAAGUAAGUAAGUAAGUAAGUAAAGGAAUAAGAAAGUAAGUGAGUAAGUUAGGAAGGAAGGAAGGAAGGAAUUUAAAGAGGGCUGAAUGACCCUGUUGCCCUUAAUGUGUUUUAUUCUCACAAGUCUUAAUAAAGGUACCAAAAAUGCACACUCUGUCUAUUUGGGAUGGGACCCUGUGUGAUAACUUUCAAGUCGUCGGCGAUAGGUAUCCUGUUUAAGCAGACGAUCCUGAAUGUGUUAAGGAAAUGUCUUAGUAUAGGUCACUUCUUUACGACAUCCAUUCGCUAUUUCACUACAUCUAAACAUGACUUAAUUUAAAGAAACCCACCAUCUAAAAUAUCUCAAUAACGUAUGGUUUUGUAUUUACUAUUCGCAUCCCUAGAACCUCCAAGAGAUGUCGUCACUGUAUCUGUGGGUUGGUCUCACUUAAUUUUAAAGUGGAUCUCGCCUUUUAAUGGAACAGCCAUCGACUUCGCUGAUUCUUAUCUCCUGAUCGUCUCAACAAACAAAGAGAAGGUGAUGAAUAUCACAACCACCAAGACGCAUGCCCGAAUUGAUGGCCUAAAACAGAUGACUUACUAUUUAGUAAGCCUCCAGGCAUGGAACAAACUGGGUUAUGGUCCGCCUUUGAAUCCAGAUAUACAUUUCAGAACGCUAGGUAACAGAACAAGAAAUGAAAUUAACAAUUAUUCCACGAGUGCGCGUUGGAUAUGAUGAUGGUGGAUAAAAGUAAUCUCAUAUCCAACAAGCGUGAAUGGGACAAUUGUUUUAUUAAAAACGCUCGCAAAAUAUCGAGAAUUCUUCCCGACUUGUUUGUAAGAACAACCGAUUUUCAGCUUGUGUUUUUAAUUUUGAGCAGACACGUACCGUAACCAUAUUUGGAGAGCAUGGUAAAAUGACUAUAAUGGCUUAUAUAUCCAAUGAUUCAGUUUUUAAUGAAGGCAAUAUCAACUGUCUUGGUUCAAGUGAAAUCGUUAUGGCUUCGAUAUACCUUAUGUUCAAUUCAGUUUCUUAAUUCUAUGUAAUUCAUUAAUUAUAAUAAUUUAAAGCUGAUUAUAUAGUGCUGCUCUUAUAGUAUCCGAACACAUGACGGAUUUGCUUUCGUCAAAGAAAAUACAAUCAAUAAUAAAUCAUGUAAAAAACAAAGAGUGUUUUUCGUGACAACUGUGCUUUAUUCAAACUUUCUUUAGAUCGCGAUGAGUGCUCAGACAAUUCCCACGAUUGUGACGAAAACGCUAUUUGUAGCAACACAAGAGGCUCGUAUAUUUGUAAAUGCAAAAUGGGCUUUAUGGGAGACGGCAAAAACUGCGAAGGUAUGUCGCUUGUUGGUCAGUAUUAUUUACUCUUUAAAGUGUCAAAAACAACAAAAAUAAAAUUGAUAAAAACUGAAACAGCUUAUUUCAAGAUGAGAGAAAAUGUUGGAAUCAACCUUAUUACCACAACCAAGUUCCUGAUAAAUAAUUUUCCCUCUUUUUUUGGAUCUUCGAUUAUGUGUAUUGAAUUAUUCAUGUCACACACACAUUAUACCAGGGGUCAAUUUAAUGAAACUUUGACACCUGUAAUUUACCAUUGUAGCUAUUGUUCUCAGGCGCUAAAACAAUGGCUACGCUUGUAAAUUACACGUGUAAAAGUUUCAUUAAAUUGACCCCAGCCGCCUAUCCUGAUAAUACAUAUUCACAGUAAUUUAAGAUGGAAUCCAUUAAGAAAUUGAGUGAUUUUAAUUUUCAGUGAACAAAAACCUUGUAUAAGAAUAUUUUAAGCCAUAUUGCAUUCUUUUUUACACUUUUCAAGGGCUGUACAUUUAAAAUAGCUCUUUUUACGGAUACAGCGGCCAUAUUGAAUUUAUUUGAUUUAGAAGUAGGGGGCAUGAGCACGGUUAGUUAUCUGUAACAACAUCAAAGACAAUUUCUUACGGGAGCCCGAGAAAAUAUAUUUCAAAUUUCACAGGAAUUGUGAAAAACAGGUAAUAUUCUGAAAAUUUCUUUGUAACAUGUCAUUUUGUGAAAUUUGACAUUUUAUUUUCUCGGGCUCUCAUAAGAAAUUUUCUUUGGUGUUAUUACUAUUAACUAAAUACAUCCAUAGCUCUUGAAAAAAUGCAAAAAAGGAUGGGACAUUGUUUAAUUAUCCAGAUACAAGGUUUUUGUCCUCUGAAAAUUAAAAUUACUCAAUUUCCUGAUGGACUCCGCCCUAAAUUUUCAUAAUAAUUGUCUUAAUUAUUCGUGUAAUAUCACAAGAAAGGACGUUAUGAAAGAGAAACGUCUACACAUCGUUUUAGAGUAAAUGAAAUAAACAAACAAAAAUGUGACUAAAACGUCACAAUUUUACAAUAUUGCAUAUUGUACAGAGAUUCCUGAAGGAGCGAAAGACGAUGAUUUCUGCCCGACCGAGAGUCUUGCUGGCAUCGAAUGGCAUCAGACUUUGACGAAGCGCCAGGCAGUCACGACUUGUCCACCAGGAACUUUGGGUAACGGAACGUAUUCCAAAAAUAAGUUAAUUAACAGCUAUAAAACAUUACUUAAAAACGUACCUAAUCAUAUGUUACUAUUAACGAGCGUUACGGGGAGGGAACACAACACUCCUAAACAUCAGUCAGGUCAGCAUACUAGGUAAUCCCCUUGAAAAAUAUUCGAGGAAAAACAAGUACCAGGGCACCAUUUUGUUUGCAAGAUAUGAAAGAUAUGGUCUCUCAGGAGGGUUGUGUUGCAGUUUGGAAUGCAGAUUAUUCCUUGUCAUCCUGCGGGUGCACUAAAAGCACGACACUCAUUAAUUUUCGGUACCGAUUUCUGAACAGAAUACUUCCCACAAACUAGUUUCUAACAAAGAUCGGUAUCAAGAAAGACCCAAACUGCUCCUUCUGCCGUAACACUGGGGAAAAUCUCGUUCAUCUUUUCUAGUAUCGUUCAAAUGUUUUAGCAAACGUUUUGGGUAAACUUGACUGAUAAGCUUGAUGAUUGCGAUUUUAUACCUAGAGAUCGAGACUACUCGAAAGAUAUAGCAGUUUUUGGGCCUAGAGUCCGAUAGCUCUAAAUUUCUCUUCAGUUAAACUUUUGCUUUGUACUAGCCAGACACUGUAUCUGGGGUUGUAGAAUCAGUAACAAGACCCAUCAGCUAAAAAUGUUUUUGAAGGCCCUUCAGUUCCAAUAUAAAAUUGAAUCCUACGAACAAGUCUCUUUGUAAAAGAAAUGGGAUCCUUUGGUCCCACUCCUCAAUGUUAAUUCUUAGCUUGCAGAUUUAUAUUUGUUCCCAAGUGACCUGUAUUCUCUUGAGACGGCUUUCUCGUAUUUACAUUGUUUCCUCAUUCAGUACUGCUUACUACUAAGGGCUUUUAAAAAAUAUAUAUUGUGUUCAACUAACAGUUUUGAUCUUUAAGAAUAUCUUAUUUUAUUAUUACAACUGUUAUCAUUUAUUCAUUUAUUUUUUAUUACUUUUUUUUUGCAGCUUUACUUAUUUACUUUUUUCUUAUUUUUGUAUUUUUGUAUUUUGUACUGUAGAACUCCUCCACUCUUGUGCUCAUUUGUUUAUUUAUUUAAAGAAAACGUUUUUAAACGUGUGGCUUUACGUCAACGGGUAAACGAUUUAGUCGAUGGUUUCUUAAAACGUUGAUUCCGUACCAGCUACACAUACGACGGCAUGGAGACACUCUUUGUUGCGCCAAGUAAUAGUUCUCUUUCAUCAUUUGGCCAUCAGUUUUUGCCGCAUGUCGCUCUGAAAUUUAGCGAACCAAUCUCGAGACUAUAGCUAUCGCUAUAAGAGGCAUAGGAAGCGGUAAAUCGAUGCAAAACGCUUUAGUGUCUAAUGUUCACUGUCUCUCUAUUUCACUGAUCAUCAAGUACUUAANUGAGUGAUUUUAAUUUUCAGUGAACAAAAACCUUGUAUAAGAAUAUUUUAAGCCAUAUUGCAUUCUUUUUUACACUUUUCAAGGGCUGUACAUUUAAAAUAGCUCUUUUUACGGAUACAGCGGCCAUAUUGGUUUUGAAGUAUUAUGGGAUGCCCAGGGGGCAUUGAGCACGGUUAGUUAUCUGUGACAACAUCAAAGACAAUUUCUUACGGGAGCCCGAGAAACUAUAUUUCAAAUUUCACAGGAAUUGUGAAAAACAGGUAAUAUUCUGAAAAUUUCAUUUGUAACAUGUCAUUUUGUGAAAUUUGACAUUUUAUUUUCUCGGGCUCUCAUAAGAAAUUUUCUUUGGUGUUAUUACCAUCAACUAAAUACAUCCAUAGCUCUUGAAAAAAUGCAAAAAAGGAUGGGACAUUGUUUAAAUUAUCCAGAUACAAGGUUUUUGUCCACUGAAAAUUAAAAUUACUCAAUUUCCUGAUGGACUCCGUCCUAAAUUUUCAUAAUAAUUGUCUUAAUUGUUCGUGUAAUAUCACAAGAAAGGACGUUAUGAAAGAGAAACGUCUACACAUCGUUUUAGAGUAAAUGAAAUAAACAAACAAGAAUGUGACUAAAACGUCACAAUUUGAAAAUAUUGCAUAUUGUACAGAGAUUCCUGAGGGAGCGAAAGACGAUGAUUUCUGCCCGACCGAGAGUCUUGCUGGCAUCGAAUGGCAUCAGACUUUGACAAAGCGCCAGGCAGUCACGACUUGUCCACCAGGAACUUUGGGUAACGAAACGUAUUCCAAAAAUAAGUUGAUUAACAGCUAUGAAACAUUGCUUAAAAACGUACCUAAUCAUCAUGUUACUAUUAACGAGCGUUACGGGGAGGGAACACAACACUCCUAAACAUCAGUCAGGUCAGCUAACAUACUAGGUAAUCCCCUUGAAAAAUAUUCGAGGAAAAACAAGCACCAGGGCAGAUUUUUCGCUUAACUUAGAUGGAAUACCACACUUUGUUAGUUUAAAAGAACCAUUUUGUUUGCAAGAUAUGAAAGAUAUGGUCUCUCAGGAGGGUUGUGUUGCAGUUUAGAAUGCAGAUUAUUCCUUGUCAUCCUGUGGGUGCACUAAAAGCACGACACUCAUUAAUUUUCAAUACCGAUUUCUGAACAGAAUACUUCCCACAAACUCGUUUCUAACAAAGAUCGGUAUCAAGCAAGACCCAAACUGCUCCUUCUGCCGUAACACUGCGGAAAAUCUCGUUCAUCUUUUCUAGUAUCGUUCAAAUGUUUUAGCAAACGUUUUGGGUAAACUUGACUGAUAAGCUUGAUGAUUGCGAUUUUAUACCUAGAGAUCAAGACUACUCGAAAGAUAUAGCAGUUUUUGGGCCUAGAGUCCGAUAGCUCUAAAUUUCUCUUCAGUUAAACUUUUGCUUUGUACUAGCCAGACACUGUAUCUGGGGUUGUAGAAUCAGUAACAAGACCCAUCAGCUAAAAAUGUUUUUGAAGGCCCUUCAGUUCCAAUAUAAAAUUGAAUCCUACAAACAAGUCUCUUUGUAAAAGAAAUGGGAUCCUUUGGUCCUACUCCUCAAUGUUAAUUCUUAGCUUGCAGAUUUAUAUUUGUUCCCAAGUGACCUGUAUUCUCUUGAGACGGCUUUCUUGUAUUUACAUUGUUUCCUCAUUCAGUACUGCUUACUACUAACGGCUUUUAAAAAAUAUAUAUUGUGUUCAACUAACAGUUUUGAUCUUUAAGAAUAUCUUAUUUUAUUAUUACAACUGUUAUCAUUUAUUCAUUUAUUUUUUAUUACUUUUUUUUUGCAGCUUUACUUAUUUACUUUUUUCUUAUUUUUGUAUUUUUGUAUUUUGUACUGUAGAACUCCUCCACUCUUGUGCUCAUUUGUUUAUUUAUUUAAAGAAAACGUUUUUAAACGUAUGGCUUUACGUUAACGGGUAAACGAUUUAGUCGAUGGUUUCUUAAAACGUUGAUUCCGUACCAGCUACACAUACGACGGCAUGGAGACACUCUUUAUUGCGCCAAGUAAUAGUUCUCUUUCAUCAUUUGGCCAUCAGUUUUUGCCGCAUGUCGCUCUGAAAUUUAGCGAACCAAUCUCGAGAUUAUAGCUAUCGCUAUAAGAGGCAUAGGAAGCGGUAAAUCGAUGCAAAACGCUUUAGUGUCUAAUGUUCACUGUCUCUCUAUUUCACUGAUCAUCAAGUACUUAAUUUGUCUCGUUAUUUUUUGUUUGUAAGGCACGGCUAUGAGACUCUGCUCAGGAAAUCCAGCGGUCUGGCAUUUACCUGACCUCAGCAAUUGUGUUUCAAAAUGGAUGUAUGAUAUCAAAAAAAUGGUAAGCACUGGGUUAGCACUGAUGAGUUGAUGCCUUUGUGGCGAAAAAGGAAGAACACCACUCCUACCCUCCCACUGUUGAUCUGAAUUUAAACUCGAUAGGGCAGCCAAUAAGUUUGCUUUGUGCUAUCCAGAUGGGAUGAUUGGCUCAAUCAAGAUGGACGCAUUGCAUCAGGUCAUAAAUUAUGACCUAAAACUCGCAAAUGUUCCCUUAUGAUUCACGUGGUAUAUCAACUCAUCGGAUAACCGAAAAGUUAUUUCGGAUACCAAAAGCUACUGACAAAGUCGAAUAUUUAGAAAACUGAUUUCGUAUUUCAUAAGUAUUUCACCUUCCGUUUUCCAUACUCCGCAUAACCCUUCCUUGUACAUCUGUCCCUUUCAGCUGGAUAAUUCAAACGUCAGUCUUGCUUCACUGGCCAAUCAGCUUUCAAAUCUCACAGAUGUCAAGAACGGGAAACCAUUGUACGCAGGAGAUCUAAAACUUCUAGUAAAUAUCAUAGGAGUGUUAACGCAGAGGGGACCUGGGACUAGCAAAAACGGGAGCACCCAAGAGACGUCACAGACGUUUCUAAAGGUAGUUUGUCAUGUUAUUCAAUCUAUUUUAUUCUAUUCUAUUAUUCUAAUAAACCUAAAGAAAUCCAUCGCGUGUUGUUCCUUUUCCGUUCCUUUUUCAGGAUGUUGUGGGGACUGCGAGCAACAUUCUAGAUGAGAAAAAUCUUCAGACUUGGAAUUACAUGUCGAAGGUGAGAAGACAAUCACUUAGGUUGCUACCUAAUGCCUGAUAUGCAAAACGCAUUUUUUUCUAAUUAACACUUGAACUAGAAAAGUUGAAAAUUGAGGUUUGAACAGCUAAGCUAUCUCAAUAUUUCUGCCUCUAUUUUCAGACCUAACCAGUUAUUUUCCAGCGGUUGGCAUUUAAUGUACCCAUUUCAGGGCAGAGUGGUUUGAUUGGUUUGCUGGUUGUCUAAGUCUUUUUUGAUCUGCUUGAGAGACUUUUCUUUACUGGGCUAAAAACAGAUUGUAUUAUUUACUUAAUGAUCUAAUGUUGCUGUGUUUCAUGUAAAGGAAUCUCAGACAACGCAAGCAAGUUCACUUAUUGACAGUCUGGAUGUACUGGCAUUAGACAUGGCCAAUUCCUCGCAGACAAAUGUGACUGAAAUGGAAAAUAUUGGUAGGUAUUCCCUAAAUAUUGAGUACCCGCCUUUAAAAUUAUCUGCCUACCCGGUCCAUCCGUUUUGCUCCCUAGUGACAGACUUGUCUAUUUUUUGAAACCCAGCGAUAGUCGCUUGACAGGAACUAAACAGGUACACCUGUGCUUUUUCUUCAAUUUUUGAUAAGACUUUUAUAGGCCUUGAAAUUAUCAACCGAGCAACCUCAGUCAAUUAUUAAUCUUUAACUUUUUGUUUGGUAACAAUAAGCGUUUUCCAAAAUUAGUACAAAACUGUAUGAAAGAAAAGCCUUCCAUUAGACCCAAAGUUGAUAAUUAUAUGAUCGUUCUAAUUUAUCCUUCUAGUAAUGACUGUGACAUCUCUGGAUCAUAUCAGAGGCUCAAAAAGCCUCGUUAUGGAACAACAGGAUGAGGAGGACAAUUCCACUGCCAAUGCAGUGUCUUUUCCAGCUUCUGUAUUGAAACAAAAUUCUUCAACUGGUAUGGGCUGAAAACAAUUACUAGAUUUAAGUAUGAUUACUACUACGGCACUAACAAAAAAAGGCCAACGGAGAGGAGACACUGUGUGUCGGCUUUGUAUCGGAGCUACCUCAAGGAGUUGACUGAUGCCCAUCUUUCUAGGGUUCAUGGCCUUUAUAAUCAACUCUCUAAGUAACUAAGUUAAUUUCCCGGGGGGGGGGGGUAAUCCCUACGAUGGCCUAUACAGGGAGGCUCCGCCCGAAAGGGGUAUCUUUUUCAGGCUUCAGGUAUAUCAGAGGGUAGGGAUUUCACUAAUUGUAUACAAGUAUACAAAAAGGUAGGGAAAUCUGUCAUUUGGGUCUGUGAAAGGGCCCAAAAGGGCUAACAGAUUAAUUUCAUGGCUUUAAAAAGUCGAGAAAAAGUUUUGUGACCGUGCAAUUACAACAGUUAAAAGGGAUGCAAAGUUCUAAACGAGGUAUGUGUAAAGGGUACCAUUUGUCAAUAGAAGGUAUAUGAAAGUGGUACCUUUUCCGUGAAAAAUGGUACAUAAAUGGGUAAGGGGUUGGACCUCGGGGCGGAACCUCCCCGUAUAAACAUUUGUUGAGUAUUUUGCCCUUACUGGAUUAAGAAUAAAGUACAGAACAACCAAUAUGUAUUGUAGGUUCCAAACCUGGUUUUGCCACCUUUGUGUCGUAUAAAACGCUGGGUCCCUUGCUGACGCCGAGAGGCAAAAACAGGUAUUGUCUGCUUUGAAGCAUCAUAUUUUAAUGUUUUAGAACAACUGAGUUGAUUCUUCAUAUUUCUAUCAAGCUUAUCUUUAACUUGAUGUACAUGUACUAUGAUAUAGACAUGCAAAUUGAAAGAGUUUCAAUGGCGCGUAAAAAGUUUACAUAUAUCUUAUCUUACAAACUACAGCAUUGUACACAGCCCUCUAACCAUUCAAAAGAAUAAGGAGGUACUAAUAGUGCUUAAUCUUGGCUUUUCCCUCCAGAGUUAACAAAGUCGUUAUUCAACGUGUGAAUCACUUUGAACACAAAACUAAAAUCACGACAUCUUUAAGAAUAACCCAUAUUUUCUCUUUUCUAACAGAGUAAAUGAGCAACAAGAAGAAGUACCGUCUAUAAACUCGGCUGUUGUAUCUUUAAAUCUUCGCCCACUUACCGCAAACACGUUUAAAGAUCCCGUGAUAAUAACGUUACGUCACACUGUGGUAUGUCUAUCUCGCGAUCUAUUUAUUAAACAAUAGGAUACCAGAUGGUAACACUGAAAAACAGAGCGGUUUCAACUAAGUGCCAUACAAUUAAUGAAACAUUUACUCCAGCGUGUGACUCCUGGCUACUAUCGCUGACCAAUUUUUUCACCUACUUAGUCACAACUUGUGUUAGCAUUGGCAGACCACAGAAAUCACUGUUCAGCUUUUAUGGCCACUCAUUUGAAAUUAGGCUGCUUUGGCUAUACCCGGUGCAUGCGUUUUGUAAGACAAGUUAAGCUCGCAUUUUUCAACGACUUAUUACAAUAGCAUAAACUAAGAAGUUGCGAAGUAAACACUGCAGCAACUUCAGCCUGAAUCCACAGCCAUUACGUCAAAAGAAAAAAAAGCAAAUUGAGCGGUUUCAGUGAGCGCUGGACGAAAAGCUCGAUAGUGCGCGUCAUUACGCUUACGAAUCGCAUAGGGAAACUCGCGCAUGCACGAUAGAAUGUUAGACGAUCGUCGGCAGAGGCUCCUUUCGCACGCUAUUAGCGAGAAGAAAGCCUCUUCUUGCAGGUAAUUCAAUUCUAAUCUUUUAACUUCAGGUCAGCAAGAAGAUAAGAAGAAAACCAUCAUGUGUUUUUCUGGAGGUUGACAAGUAAAUAAAUUGUUUUUAAAGUUUGAAACAUCUCUUUCAAGCCAAAAAAAUACCUCUCAUGAAUUAAUUUUGGAGUUCCGCCCUUACUCUCUUUUCAUUUUAACUGUCUUCGAAUUCCCUUGCGGGAUAUCACAAAUUUAAAAGAAACUUAAGAGACACAUAGUUUUAUGGCUCUACUUUGAAUCUACUUUGAAUUAGUGUGAAGAAAAACGCACUAGAAGAAAUUUCAUAGUCUAGUACAACAAUGUUGUUCUAGUGAACUGCCUGGGUUCGUUAAAAUAGAAAUAUUCUACAUCAAGUUUUCUCUUUUUGAGUUGCAACAAAACAAACCACGCUCUAACCGUUUUGUAGUUGAUUCCUCUCUAUUCGGUCAGUGAUAAAAUCUGGAAUCUGAUCUACGUUUAUUUGAUUCCCUUUCCUUUAGAAAUGGAAGUUGGUCUGAAGCUGGGUGUCAUGUUAAUUCAACAAAUAUAACUCACACUGUUUGUCACUGUUUUCACCUGACGAGCUUCGCAGUGUUAAUGAGCGUCAAAGAGGAUAUAUCUCAAAUAUCAGUGAGUAAUUUUCAGUUUUUAAGGCAGGGGCUUGCCAUAAAAUUAGGCCCCUUUUUCAUUUCAUCGAUAAAAUUCAAAACUUUUUCUCGUGUGGUAGUCCAUAUUCUUCUUCUACAAAAUCAGUGGCGGCCUUGUUAGGGUUGAGAGAAGACAUAGGACUUGGAUCUGAAGGCCGGGUUUAAGAAUUGUUAUCCGACUCGAAUUUUCUCCUUGUUCAUGCGAAUGAUACUGGCGUAAGCUUCGAUCGGCUUCAUUAGCCGUAAGUACGCCUUUGACUUUUCUUCAUCUUAGAAGAGCAUCCAUGUAUGAUGGCAAAAUGACAUUUUCCAGUUAUUUGUAAUUACUUAAUGUCAUCCCUUUUAGAUGGCAAAUGCGAUUCCAUUUAUUGUAAUCACGUUGAUGGAUUUAUGGCAUUUCUUUCAUACCAAUAACAUCGUUAAAGUGAACACUGUGAUAUUUGUUUUUUGUUUCCAGAAAGGGCAUCAACUUGCUUUGAGUCUUAUUACUUAUAUUGGCAUUAGUAUAUCAAUAGUUGCGUUGUGCCUCGCAUUCCUCACUUUCCACUUCUUUAGGUGAGUUGCUAGCUUCUUCUUAACUUAAACCCUGUACAACAGUGAAAGAUGCUUAUGAUUAGUAUUACUCUAUACUCAUACAUCACAGUCUAAAUGUUUUCAGUAUGAGUAAAGUUUGAAAUAAGUGCAACAAUCGUUUAUUGUUUGACACAUAAGCCGCACGCCAGUACAAUGUGCAGUGUACAAUGGUCUAAGCAUUUCAGUGUCAUUGAACUGAAGAAUAUAUUAUCAUAGAGAACAACCUCAAGACGACUGCUUAUAACUAAAAUUAAAUUCUUUCGAAAAAAAUUUAAGAAGUUUAAUCUUAAACUAUGUUCCCGAUGUUUCACAUGUACAAAACCUAUUUAAGUGAAGGGAAGGUGCCCCUACUAAAGGCGCUUCCCUCAGAAAGCCAAAUUUUAAUACAUUAUUAGAAAACGUGUUCUUUUGUUGCAAAGAUAGCUCACUUUAUAAAAUAACUGAGAUAGAACGCGCGAAUUGAUUGGUCAAAAACCCAUAGUUUAUUAUACCCGUCCGGUAAACCUAUAGAAAACGGCAUCCACACCACGAGCCUUUACACAAAACCGGCCAUUGAAUUGCAAACAACGAUUUUAUAAAAUCUCAAAAAGAGAUUAAUUAUUUAUCCAGUACGCCUCUCUUUUAAAAAGCGUUGGUUUGCACAUUUUCUUACUGUUUACAUUUUAUUAUUAUUUUUAUUACACUAUUGGCUGCCGCCAUAGUUUUAAAUGUUAUCAAGUACAAAGUUUAAAUUCACAUUUCGCGACGAUGCGAAAUCGCAAAGACUACAAUUGUGUGAACUUCUGGUGCAGAAAGUUUCGAGAAAAAAUUAAAAAAUUUAAACCGAUAGUUCAAGCAUUCUUGAACUCUUUCUUACUUCAAAAUUAAAUUCUUGAAUGAACGGCAUUGUUCCUAUAAGGACUGAUCAAGUUCUGGUAAAAAAUCGGCCGCUGCAGGUUGUAAAUAAGCUGUCAAUGAUGAUGAAAGAUGUUAGUUUCAAGGUAGUUUUUUCCAGCAUAUGCAUGCACAAACCGUUCGGUAAUGUCAAUGCCGUAAUCUUACCCAAACUAUCUGACUUCAAAAAUCGGCAACUAAUCCUGCCUCUAAGUUCAGAGCUACCACUGACAUGCCGUCGACGGCUGUAGGUGCAUACAUGAGACAACUUUGCAAAUGCGGCCACGUCGUUACUGCAGCAGUUGUUGGUCAUGAAAGACUCCAGAGAGGUCUUGAACAUUGCAGCUUGUGAAAAGUGAGGAAGUCGUUCAUUACUAUAGCUGCCAGUUCCGUCCAGAAAAAACCGAUCGACUCAACAAAACACAGCCGCGUACAAUUUCAUGUUCAAUCUCCUGCUUCUAUAUUGAAAAAAUAUAUAUAUUCUUUCAUUGUACAUUCGCAUAAAUGUGUGUCGACUUUUCCUGCAAAACGGCUUACAUAAGUUCUCGAUAAGUGUAAAAACGUCAACUGAGUUUUAAGUUCGGCGCUAGAAAAAUCGUGAGUUGUGAUUGGCUUACGAUGACUGUAGAGAGAAGACACGACUUGAUCACGAUAUUUAAACCACAUCUUUUGCCUGUAAAACUCCAUUUUACUAAAAGUUAUUUUAUAAAAGCAAUAGACCACACUUUCUAUGGGUCUACCGGCGUGAUAACCCACUCGGGAUGUUGGGAGAACACUCGAAAAGCUUGUAAAUCACUCUCCUUAAGGUUUUCUCGUGUUCUCCCAACAUCCCACGUGGGUUAUCACUCCAGCCUGUAACCCCAGAGAAAGUGUGGUCUAUUGCUUAAAUACAUUGCGCAUAGACACUUUUCACUUAAAAGCGGACCCAUUUUAGCCUCUAUCCCAGUAACACGAUUUGCCCCUUACUCUUCAUUCAGUCAAACUGGAUUUCAGUCUCGUUUUUAAGAACGUGAAUGACAACUACCAAUUGGGCGAGCAUCGGUUGAAAUUGUAUGAAUAAUGUGAGUCACGUUAAAAUAAAAAAUACUGCUUCUUUACCCACUCAUCGUGUAAAUGCGUUUCAUUUUGACAGGUUUUCAAAAUCUGGCCGUACGUUUGUUCACAAGAAUUUGGCAAUAUCGAUGAUUUUUGCCCAAGUGAUAUUUUUGUUUGGUAUCAACAAAACAGGCAACAAGGUAGGCUAUACUGCUUUUCUGUAUACUCUGUUAUUUAAUAAGUUGAAUUCUUAAAUCCAUGUAAACUGAAGAUUGUGGCUCUAACAAAAACGUUUAUUCAGCCGAUACUGCAAAGUAAUAUAAUUUUAUUGCCAUAAAAUCGAACAUCGUAGAACCAGACUGGGAACAAUUUCCUUCAUUUGAGGGAUGGUCUGUGUAUUGAUGAGAGGUAGGCCAUAACCUGGAUUUCGGCGGAGUCUCAAUUAAUUCAAAGACCUAUUGCCAAAAGAAAAAUACCUACAGAUAACUUAUACCCUGAAGCUGAGAAUCGUGCCCCAACUGAAACUUUUCUAUUCUCCCUCUCAAGACUUCUCACGAUUUACCCAUGGUUACCAUGGAUCACAUCAGUUGUAUCAUAUGUUCCGAACCAAAUAGCAUGGAACUUUUUUUUCUUUUUCCUUUCUUUUCUUUCUUCUUUUCAUUUUAGUUGGCUUGUAAAGGAGUAUCUAUAGCAUUACACUAUUUUUUCCUGGUAUCAUUUGCCUGGAUGGCACUAGAGGGAGUUAUGCUCUAUCUGAUGCUGGUGAAAGUAUUUCACACUAAAACCGCACCUACAAGAAGCAAAAAGAUUUUCUUUUGCGUUGGCUGGGGUGAGUAAUUAAAGAGGCCAGGCAAGUAUGAAUAGGGUUCUUUAAUCCUUUCUUGUCAAGAAUACAUCGUGAGGUUGCGUAUCAUGUUCCAAGAUCGCGGCAGCCAACUGAAUGGUUUUUGAUCUUCUUUACAAAAAAUUUCAUAACUGCUUUGAAAGUUAAAAUCUGUGUGAGUAUAAACUUAUGUUCUUGUGAACUUUUUAUUUCCGGAAAGAAUAAAUAUUUACCAUUUCAGAACGAACAGCUUUAGCUUUUCAUAAUAAAGCAGUUCACUUUUCUUCAUCAGUUCUUUAAAACAACGUUUCCCGAAUCCUUCAUCUUAAAAAUUGCUACCUGCCGGCCGUAUCCCAUUCAUAAUUUUAAUCCGGAAUCACGCUCCUUUUUUAUAAUACCCUAAUGGAACCUCUUCAGAAUCAGCUAUAGAACGGCGUCUAUUGACAUCUAUUAAGUAAACAUGUGUCAUUUCUUUUCAGUUCAGCGAGUUCCGUAGUGGAAUUUACUGACCUCAUUGUUAUAGUUUAUUCUGACUAACAAGGCAAUACAAUCUUGAGGGGAAUUUUCUAAACAUUUGUCUCUUCGCUUCACUUCUGUUAAUAUAGGUUUACCAAUUGUAAUAGUGGUAACAUCAGGAGUCAUGUUUCAUCAAGGUUACGGCACUCCUUUUUAGUAAGUUUAUUGCCUUAACAUUAUCUAGAUGAAAACUACAUUUCUUCUGUUCCGGCAAUAUAAGUUGUUUAAAGAUACCGUGGUGUAUUAUGUAACUAAAAUGAGGCUACGUUCACACAGUAUCGGAUAGCUCUUGCGCUGGCGCCAAAACCAUACCGGAUGGAGCUCCUGUUCACAUAAAAGAUUUCAGCUCGAUUUCUGUGACGGGGCGAAGCUGCACCGCGCCGAUCUCGAAAGUGGAGCGUCAUAUAUCGGAUAGGUUCUGUGCCAUACUUAGGUGCCGUUUGAACAGAUAUUCGGAUUCGGCGGAAGAGAAUCAAUAGUAGUCUCAGAUUUCAGCUGACAUUUCAGGCUAAAUGAAUAGAAGCGAGGACUGGAAUCCACUGAGACGGAAGUAAGUCAGGAGCGAGGACUGGGAUUUAAGUUCGCUCAACCGCUCUGGUGGCAUUUUCGAUGUUUUGGUUACUUGUUCCAGUUCUGUGCCGUUGCUGUUCAUACCAGAACAGAUAGCUUUUCGUGUCGGCAAGGAAAGCUAUCCAAUAUAGCCUGAGAAUAUAGCCUGAGUGAGAGUCCCCUUUGAAUGUUUAUAACGCGCAUAUACACGAGUAUGUAUUUUCUCAGUGAGGCAGUAAUGGCGUUGCUUACUUCUUAACUCAGUACAACUCAAAAUUAACAACAUUUAUCCCAUUUUUAAUAUUAACAAAAAGGGCGUAAGAUAGCAAUGAAGGUUAGCUACCAGUUGUCACUGCCAUUAAUUUACUGAAAAUAGUUGCCAAUAUCGGCUUGAUACAUUGUUUUUGCAGCGGGUUUUUAUAACAAUUGCUUUGUUGCUGAUCAGGCUUUAUUUUCAAUGUUCUGUUCGUAAGCACUUCUUCGUUAUAUGCUUCUGUUAGCACUUAAUGUCGCUUGUUGUUUCAGCUGUUGGCUUUCUCUCGAUCGUGGUUUUAUAUGGUCAUUUGUUGGACCAGUAUUGGUGGUUCUUGCGGUAAGUCAGCAAAGAUGACAAUAGUGCACAGACUGGGAUGUUUAAUAGUAAUAUUGGAUUUCUAAUUGGAUUUUCCGGUGCAUGGGCGCAUGAUAAUUACUCAAUGUGCUAGAAUGAUCACAGUCCCCUACUUUUCCGCAAGAUCGCCAGGAUCGCCCCAGGCUAGACUAGGAACAUUAGGAACCAAGAUGGCCGCCCGUAACCCAAAGCGCUCGAUCUCGACGAUCUUACGGGAAAAUGGGGGUCAUGACAAUGAACAGUACUAUCAAUAUGCCCAACUCAGCCACACAGCCAAGCCGACCAAAGGAUACUCAACAAUUUGAGGCAAGGAAUUAACCAUGACAAAUUUGAGGAAGACUAUCAGUUAGAGUGUCAAUCCUCGUAUCCUUCUUAGACAGUCUUACAGAGGCAUACCAACGUAACAAGAACGUGUUGGGAAAACUAAUGAUCAUUACUAAAUAUCAGAAUAGGGAACUGUCAUAGCUGAUAGCAGUGAGCUUACACAACAGGACGGGAGAGGAAAGAAGACGGCAAACCUUGUGUGACAAGCGUGACAAUAAUGUUGUUUGAAAAACUUUUCCACCCAACUUCACCCUUCUUUAAACAGGUGUUUUUAUAAAAGACCAGAAAACAUUACCUUACCUGAAGAUCACCACAAAACACAUAAGUAAUAGGCGACCUGUUGCGUAAACUCACUAACACUAUAGUAGAGGAGCUCCACGCGCGAGGAGCGCGAUUGAGCAGUGCCCCAUUGCUAAGAAAAUUUGGUUACCUAACCAUCCAAGAAAUUUUGGUUGUCACGUGACCUACGUCCACCCGCCCGCCCGUCCGUCCGCACCGCAGGAAAACCAAUGUGAAAUGUUACACUCCCUAGCUAGUGUGGGAGCCUGCAACCUGAUAUUGCACAUCCAUAUUGUGGUCAAUUGACAGCUGUCAAAACAAAGUAUUCACUGACCAGUAUCACAUGACCGUAUCGCGGGCGGGCUCAGGUGCCAAGCCAUCGAGGUUACGUGGUUUUUUAAGUUUACCGCUGGCAAGUUUCUAGUUUUUGACUUAUCGCAGGCUCAACUCUAAUUGGAUUUUUUUAUUGCAAUGUUUUUUUUUCGUUAACGGGAGCUUCGCCUUUAGCCUCGGCUAAAUUUAUAUAUUAUUAAACUCGUUGCGUCAUUUUAUCUCUGUUUUUUCCCUCAUAGUUCAAUUUCAUGUGUUUGGGGAUGACAUUUAGAGUAAUGGCCACAUCAGGUCCAUCAAAUAACAGAAGGAGAACAAACAGAAUAAGGUAAAAAUAAUAAUGACUAUAGUAAUAACAUCGGAGGGAAUAUUGAUUACUGUCUCUGCUGAUGCUACGUUUGGUCACAUUGCUAUGCAUAUGUUGCGUUAAAAGGACGAUGUGGAAGUACGAGGAAAAAUGAUAACCACAUUUGAAAUUCUUGAGCCAUAAAAACAUAGGGAAGGUAUAGGCAAGCACUUCAUAGUCUACAGAGGAAAAGUGAAGUGAAAUAAUUCUUUCCUUCAAAAAUAGUUUGUUGUUUUUCUGUUUGCUUACUUGCUUUUCUUUAAUCGUUUCGGAUAAGGCAAAUUAGACCACGAGUAGCGUCUCAUUGUCCUCAGGACAAUUAGUCAAAGUAGAAAGAGCUAAAUACAAAGCUCGCGUGAAAACGUCACGCAGUUCCUCGAGGUGGCGACAUUCACGCGAGCUCGCGUACAUAAAUGAAGGCCUGGCUAUACUCGCAGUCUGGAGAUAUACUUGCGGGUCUAAAGGCAGGGUCGCGGAUAGGGAAACUAUAAGCCAUUAAGCCCCCAUAUCACCACCGUACUUAAUUAUUUAUUCCUUUUAUAUUACGCUUGAUGCAUCAUUUAUUAUUUUUAUAUUCAUUAGACGCUGGUCGAAAGCCUGUAUGUUGCUGACCUGUAUACUCGGUCUUACGUGGCUGUUUGGUGUUUUAUAUAUUAAUCAAGAAUCACUUUUCAUGGCUUACUUUUUUACAAUAUUCAACACUCUUCAGGUAAAUCUGAUUAUCUUAUAAAACGGAAAUUCCUUAAGGCAGAAUGGGAAAUUUCAUAAUUCUUAGACAAGACCUGAAAGCCUGAGUAUUUAAAUGAAGUGGUGUUCUGCUGGGUACAAGGACAGAAUGUUAAGUAAAAAUAGUGAAACCCGUAUAACAAACUAUUCGUUCUUUCCCUACCUCUUUUCAAACCAGAGAAUCUUAUAUCACUUUUAUUGCAGGGAUUAUUCAUCUUUUUAUUCCACUGUGUUGGAGACGAAAAAGUGAGUAUCAAAAGAUGGCUGUCAUUUUUAAUACUAAUACGUGUAUUUAUCCCAUGCCAAAAAGAAUAAAGCCAAUCGGAAAGCUAGGAGCUCGUUGAAUACUGUUGCGAUAUGCAACGGGUCGUAUUUCUCGAAAUAAAGUCCUUCAGCGUUACUCAAGGCCUUGCAUUUCCCGCCAAAAACUCCCAGGGGAGAUUGCGAAUGGUAAAACUUUUCAUUUUAAAAAAGUGUCCCAGAGCAACUUUGUGAACACCAACUUAAAACCGAAUUUUAACUUUCAUUUCAGGUUCGUCUUGAGUAUCGUCGAGUGCUAUGCUGUAUUGAUCCUGACAAACGCUACUUGUUAACCAAACCCUCGGAUAGCAACAGCAAGUCAGAAUCUUCCUCAAAAUCGAAAAGCCAGGUCGACAAUUUUAAGGCAAAGAACCAGACACUUAGCAGUUCAGUUUCCUCUGUUGUAAGUAUGGUCAAUACUGUUGUAAGUCUACGUUGUGCAAUAAAGAGCGUUCUACUUAAUGCACUACACGUGGGAUGGGGUGACAUUUCCAGUCGUCACCUUAAAGGGACAAUUUAAACCAAGAACAAAACUUCCCACGUAGUCUUAUGACAAAUAAUAUAUACACACGAAUUUAGGCACCACACGCUUAUUUGAUGGAGGGUCUUCAAAGGACAUUCUUAGGCAGGAUCAAACAUUAUCUUAGUGUUCUACAAGCAUUCGUCUUGUUUUCUUUUGUCACUUAGUCUUGGCUGUGUUACGAAUUUGCUAUUCUGUUGUUGGUAAAAUAUACAGAUGAGCUGUAACAUAUUAAUUUACUCAUUUUGAUCGACUUUCGCUGAAUGUAGAAUUGAAGCUAAAAAUAACUUCACUAAAUCAUUAGAUAACCCGUAUAUAUUUUGCUGUUUUUGUUUUCUUUUUUGACACAGGGAACUGUAGAAAGCAAAAGAAACACUUUUGUAGUUCAUGUAUCAGGUACGAUCAUAUCGCCUGCGUGCACGAUUUUAUCGUCUAUGCUCAAAAGGCACCGGCCUACUCGUUCAGAAACUUUGAACGCCAUAAAUCGAGGUUAAAUUGUUAGCCGGUAACCAUAACCGUCUCAAUUUUUGUACAGCAAAGGCGUGGCUGCAUGGAUACCUGAUAACUCAGCUGAGAUUUGCUGAAGUAGCGCCCUGCGCGUGGGCGGUUGGUAGAACCUCUCACAAAAGUUAAAGAUCAACUUGGGUCGUCAGCUCCGGGUGAAUAGAGCAUGAACAUAUCUCUGGUUAAUCUUCAUGUUAUUUCACUAGAGCUUCAAACACCUUACUCCAAAAUGGGGGCAAAUUUAAUUAUUCUUUUGUCUUCGCGAUAAUUAGCCAUCAACCGGCCUUGCCUGCCUUGUUUCAGCGUAAAAGUCUUCUUUUGAAACUUGCAGAUGAAUCGAGGCCAAGGUGGCAAAUUAAGUAAAAACUGAGAAAAGUAAUUUUAAUUGAAAUAUAUGAAAUGAAUCAUAUGUUAACUUCAUAAAAACCAUAUUGCCAGCAGUUAGGAAUAAGUUGUAUAACUCGUUGCUUUCCAGAUGGAAAAGUGCGCGUGCGAGGUGUUGCUACAGAUGAGCAGAACAGGCAUCUGGUGACAAACCAACGCCAAAGUCAAUCAAGUCACUCCAGUUUUGGCCAGGCGGUAGCUCAGGUAUUAUUUAAAAGCGGCAGGUCACAAAACCUUAACUCAAUCAAUAUUUUUUAGUUUGCCUGUGUGUUUCUUCAAUCACACUUUUCGGUAAUCUUGUAAUACCGUAAAAUUUCAUUAUGAUUCUUUUCAAUCCUUUCUUUGCAGAUUCCUAAUGGCCGGCGACACUCCAGUGCAUCGGCAGCCAGUGAGGAUUCUAAUCACGAAAGUGAAUUGCAUGAAGAGAUCCCACUGAAUAGAAAGAACUAAAGACUAGUCUUAUGACGUCACCUCUGUUGAGAUUGCCAAGAGUCUCGAUCUAAUGAACAAAACAACAUUUGAUAAAGAAUUAUUUAUGUGUGCUUCAUCCCCUUUAUAGCUACAGUUCAGAGACAAAAUACCUCAUCAAGUUCUUUCAAACUUGAUUUAUGAGGAGAAUUAUUACUUCUUUUACUCUCUUUUUUGGGCCUUUCCUGUUUAGCUGCGCGCGCAACCAUCGAUGAUGGCGUUAACUAAGGAAAACAGAGGAACCUGAGACAUGGACAAGUUUGGGAAAAUCCGUCGGCUCAACUGGAAAGAGCGCCUUUAAAUUAAUAAAAUUCCAAGUUUGAAGGUGAUUUGUUGAAAACUAACGAAGAAAGUCGCGAAAUUUUACAGACGUUUGUAUGGUGGACAGUUAUCCUCGCUCGUUUAAGCGUAUCACUUUCAAACUUGUUAAGUUUACUACUUUUAAGGAGCUUGUUUUUACAGUAGUGUCGACAGAUUUUCGCUGUUUGGUGCAUGUGUAAAGUUGAAAAGACCUUCGAAGGGUCUAUUGUGCGACGUCGGAUGUUAAAUGAUAUCAAAAAACAAAUAGACAUUUUGGCGCGUGUCCUAGACUUGUAAACUGGCACCAAAAGAAAAGAAUCGCGUGUGUUACAAAACUGUUAAAAAAAGAUGUCUGAAACAGGGUUCGACUGUACUGUAUUCGCAAUUGUACUGUCUCCUCCGAAAAAAAAGGUAUUUUGCGAAAGCUUGAUCGCCACAAACUACGUAAAGUAUCUUCAAACGCUUCCGCAUUCUUUAAAAGAGUUCAAAUAACGAUCAAAAAGGCCACUAAGAUUAUUGGCCUCAGAACACAACACUGGGUCGCCGGGUGCUGUCUCAAACUGCACUAACCGAUAUGGUGCGUUUGGGGAAGGGGGCGCUAUCGCUUCUGCUAUUAAAAUGUGUGGGACUUUGUAUGAUUGUGACCUAACUGAUCGUCUAAUUGUGCUACCAUCGUCUAAUUGUACUUGCCAUUUGAAGGUUGAAAGAGGUUUAGAUUUGUCCCUCCAGUCCAGUACCGUAAAUGAUCCAAUAGACGGCCUCUCUCAAAUAAACGCCUCCUUUGCCCUUUUAAUCUUGCAUUUGACGCCCCUCCCUUAUAAACGCCCCCUGUCUAAUCGACGCCUCCGUGACAAUCACUCCAACAAGGAGCUAAAUCAUUCCAUUUAAUAAGUUUCUUGUUCAAUGUCAAGUUCAAAGUAAGAAUAGGGUAAAGAUAACAGCGUAAUGACCCUGAACGAGGAUUCUGACAUCGAGUUAGACUUUCAAAAAAGUCCUCUCUCUCGGUUCGCUUAGAAAAUCGUGACAUCGAACAUGGAGUUUGAGUUCUGAAAUGCGAUAUGGAUCUCUAGACGGCCCUAGUCGUAUCAUAGGAUGGACACAAUAUUUUGCUCAUUCAUAAACUCUAUAGAUAUUUUAUCCGACAGCAUAUUAGUUUUGUUGAGCUUGAAACAGUUAUCAUUUACGGUUUUGCAAUUCAUUAUUAUUAAAAUAGUUUGUUUGUAUGAUAAUUAACUUAUUAGGGUGAGGAGAUACUAAUUGAACACUCAUGUGUUUGCUACGUCAGCUCUCAUGGACACAACCUUGUGAAAUCAUUUAGAUUUACAUGUAUACUUACGCGCCUUUUUCAUCAUUUUUACCACUAAUUAUCAAUUCAUUUUUAUACUGUACAAUUCAAACCCUUAAGAGUCCAUAACCUAUAAGUUCAUUUAAACGCUUCCCAUGUACGAAAACGGUUUUUACAACCAUUUUUUAGCCUUUACGAUUUUAGCUAUCAUAACUUUCUAAUUGAUUAAGACAGGCUUACAUAAAAAUGGUUGUAAAUGCAGUGUAAAACUUCCUCCAAUAGGAUAAUUAAAUACCCAAAAUGUGUACAUUGAUAAAGGAAGCUCUCUGCAUCAGUGAGGAAGCAAAAUAAUGAAGAACUAAAGACAGAAAUAGCUAGCUUUCACCAGCAUUAUGUCGUCUGUUUUUAUUUAAAAUCCACUCAAGGCAAACAUCUCCACAUAAACCAACCAAAAUUACCAAUUAUCACAAACUGAUUAAAUAACAGCAUAAGUAUCUUGAAUACGACAUAGUUUUGGCUGUCAGCACAUGAAAAUUUUGCAACUCUCCUAAGGCCCAGUUCAGACGCCAAACUUUUCAUGAGCCAAACCUAAUACAUUGAAGUCAUUGAAUUAAGUACAUGAAAAGUUCGGCAUCUGAAUCAAUUAGGAACGCCUGAUUCAAUUUGGAACGGCUCAGCCAUUCUCUUGGCCUAGCCCGGCUGGGAUUUUUGCCUUUGGAGCGACUUUGGAAUGGCUUUGAUUCAGACGCCGAACUUUCCAUGUACCGCAUCUAAUG